AUGCCUUGUAUACUUUAUUGUCUUUUCUGGUUUUAUUUCCUUGCGGUCACCUGGUUCUUUUGGAGUUCGGUAGUGUCGGCAUGUUUUAAAAUCCAGAUUAUCCAACACUUGUAUAUUUCUAUGUUGGAUAGACUGUUUUCCUACGCCGCCUCGGCUGUCACAGUAAAGGACGACAUUAAGAGAAUAAGGAGUGUUGACAGUUUUGAAAACCUUGAUACGUAUGAUGAUGAUUUGAUUGAAAGGGACAUUCAACUAACUGAAGGAGGUGUAAAGGUUAAAGAUCAUCUUGUUCCAGAUCAAAAAGGAUUCAGAUUAUACUACCCAACCUACUUAGUUAAAUGUGGGAUAGAGGCUAUUAUAGAAGAUUCUGUCACCAAGAGAUUCACAGCUGCAGAGUUAAGAGUAUGGAAUUUCUUGAGUCGCAACCAGAGUUAUGUAUAUGCCAAGAGAGAUAACCAUACCACCCUAAUGAUGCUAUGGCUUGUGGGCCUCAUUGUUCGCUAUGUAAUAUUCCUGCCGUGCAGACUUGUUGUUUUCCUCUCUUCAGUUUUCUUAAUAUGGAUUUUAGGCGCUGUGGCUCGGAAGCUUCCUCCUUCACGGUUUAAAAACUGGUUAUCUACCGAAGGAAUCCAGGCAGCCGUACGGCUUAAUUUGUGUUCAUACUCCGCUGUUAUUCGUUUCCACAACAGAGAAAACCGCCCUAAAGCAAAUACAAUUUGUGUCGCCAAUCACACGACACCGUUUGAUUGGUGCAUUUUGGCCUCAGACGUUACCUACGCUGUUGUUGGGCAAAAGCAUGGAGGAUUUUUUGGUUUUGUUGAACGGGUAAUCUCGUGUGCUGUGCCUGCCGUUUGGUUUGAUCGUGAGGAAAUUUUAGAUCGUCUUUCUACAGCUAAAAGGCUAAAAAACCACGCAGCUACACCGAAUGCUGAACCUAUUCUAAUUUUUCCAGAAGGUACUUGUAUCAACAAUACAUCAGUCAUGAAAUUCAAGAAAGGUUGUUUUGAAGUGGGCGCUGAAAUUCAUCCUGUUGCAAUCAGAUACAAUCCAUUAUUCGCUGACUGUUUUUGGAACAGCAGCCUAGAUAGUUUAUUCCAGUACAGUUUAAAAAUAAUGACAUCAUGGGCUAUUAUGGUAGAUGUUUGGUAUUUACCACCCACUAGAAAAUUAGAUCAAGAAGAUUCGAUUGCAUUUGCAAGACGUGUACAGUAUAGUAUUGCACAAUGUGGCGGUAUGAUUGGAAUGGAUUGGGAUGGUGAAUUAAAACGAAACAGACCAAAAGACACAUUGAAACAUGCACAACAAAAAUAUGUUAGUCAAUAUGUCAUACCUGCUGACUCACAUUCAUCCUCUACAUAA